AUGUCUAUAAAUGAUAUCAAGGCUGCAUGGAUUGCCUAUAAUGUGCAGUCCUUUUGCAUCCUAAGCCUCUUAAUCCAAGCUAUAUUGCUUAUUUUGGCACCAUUUAGGAAGAAAACAGGCAGUAGAAUUCUAAUGGUGCUUGUUUGGUCAGCAUACAUGGCUGCUGAUUGGGCCCCUGCUUUCAUUCUUAAUCUCAUCAUAAACUACAGCAAAACAAGACAUGACAAGGCAGAACUUAUGUCAUUUUGGUCUUCUUGCAUGUUGUUGCACUUAGGAGGCUCUGAUCACGCGAUAGCAUUUACCCUCGAGGACAAUGACCUAUGGUUUAGGUACGCCUUCACUUUUGUUUUCCUGCUUGUGUCCUCUGCCUACGUGUUCUAUUUAUCGUUCUCCCAAGUGAAUUAUCUUUGGAUCCCCAACGUCUUCGUAUUCCUGGCUGGAGUCAUCAAAUGUUACGAAAGAGCACGUGCUAGGUUCAUAGGGAGUAUGGAUAAGCCCAUAAAAUUGAGUCAUCCUGACUAUGAAAAAGUUGUGAAGAAGAUGUCCUCACAAGAACCACAUAAUUUUCGAGCAAAGGCGCCGGAUGACGUGGAGGUCAUUAAACUUGCAUAUGCAGUAUUUAGGGCCUAUAAAGGUGUUUUGGUUGAGCACGAGUUCACUUUUGAAGAGUAUGGUAGAAUUCGACAACUCUUGCAAAACAGAACUGAUCUGUUCGCCUUUAGAAUCGCUCAGGCUGAACUUGAGAUUCUGCAUGAUCUUUGGCCUCCUUCUCUUUAUUGGUGA